AUGCCGCCCAUACUGUCCCAAAAGCGCUCGCGAUCCGCCUCACCUCAAACAGAACCGCCACCGAAGCGUGCGCGCGCCCGCAAAUCUCCGGCACACGCUCGCAAAGGUAAGGAGUCUGUCUUCCAGACUCUAGACGCACCACCGAAAGUCAAGCGCACAUUGUCUCAGACAAAAGCUCUGUUGGAACAAGAAGACGACGACAGCGAGUUAUCAGAGCCAGAGAGUAGCGAGGAUGAGUUUGAAGAUGUUCCGCUGAAUGGCGCAAGCAAGGGCAAAGGCAAGGGGAAGACGCCGAUAGGUGGAGAUAGUGAUGAAAGCGAAGACGACAACUGGGAGGAUGCACUCGGUGCCCAUCACCACACAAAACCUGACCAUGGCCCUGCGCCCGUCAUUACUGGCGAUAUCGCCCUCACCUUAUCCGCCGCACCGAAGACCGCCUUUGAUACAAAGGCUGAUGGAAAGAAGGGACCGUCCAAGGUCCAGCGGCAGAUACGGAAUGUUACGCAUUGCAUGCACGUGCAGUACCUGAUGUACCACAACCUUAUAAGAAACGCCUGGAUUCAGGACAAGGAAGUGCAGAAGAUACUAGUGGAAGGCAUGUCGGCUGGCUGCUGGCGCGAACUGGAGAAGUAUUGGAAUGACGCUGGCAUCACAGAUGGACCUGGUCGCGUCGUUGUGCAAAAGGCGCCAAGUCCCCCACCCAAGCAGGUGGCGAAAGACAAGAAGGGAAAAUGGAAGGAUAGUGGAAAGAACGGCAUCAAGGUAUACGAGAGCCCACAGAAGCGAUCCUCUAUUCGCGAAGACAAGAAGAAGACUUUUAAAGGCAAGGAGAAAGCCGAUAGCAAAAGCGACAGGAAAGGGCGUGAUUGGGGCGCAACAUCCGAGUCGCUCGAACCGAAAACGCCGAACUUGUCAGCUGGAGACCCUCUACUUCGCCUGCUAAGAUAUCUCUCUGCGUAUUGGAAGUCCAAGUUCCGAGUUACAGCUCCAAGUCUACGUAAACGUGGAUACAUUUCGCCAUCGACGUUAGAGGCCGAAAUCAACGCGUGGAGAGAAGAGCAGGAUCAUCCGGAUACUUUUGGCGAGCGAGUGGAGAAUCUGGAUGCGUUUCGUGAUAAAGCUCGGAAGUGCGAGGGGAGUAGGGACUUGGGAGAACAAUUAUUCACCGCUCUCAUACGAGGACUAGGUAUUGAGGCUCGUAUGGUAGUCAGUCUACAACCAGUUGGUUUCGGCUGGAGUCAGAGCGAAGAAGGCAAGGCUAAGAAUCUAGAGAAGCUGAAAGAUGCAAAGCCUGCGGACAACGACACUUCGUCGAAAUCGGCAUCCGCAAACAGUAAACCGAAGCCUCGCUCCGCUACAAAGAAGUGUGGAGCAUCCACCGACGUUGACAUGGAUGACAGCAGCGACCUGAGCAGUGUCAUCUCUGUUUCUUCAGACUCUGAAGAUGAGAGGCUAGCGAAGAAAUCGCCAAAGUCGCGCAACUACAGUGAAGAGCUGCCAUUUCCGACCUAUUGGACAGAAGCUAUCUCACAUCUGACACAUACGCCAAUAUCAGUGUCUCCAAUUCCAAAGACGAUCAUCGCAAGCGCGGCUUCUCCGGACAAAUUUGUCGACUUCUACGCCCGAGGUGCGGCAGCCGAUAAGGCGAGACAGGUAUUAGCUUACCUGAUCGCCUUCUCUUCUGAUGGCACAGCCAAAGAUGUCACGACACGCUAUCUACCAAAGCAUCAAUGGCCAGGUCGGACGAAAGGCUUCCGCAUGCCAAUCGAAAAGAUACCUAUACACAACAAACGUGGAAAGGUCAAGCGAUGGGAGAAGUGGGAUUGGAUCAAGUCGCUCUUGCGCCCCUACGCACGACCUCACGACAAGCGUCAGCCAUGGGAUGAAGUUGAGGAUGAGGGCGAUCUUGUCCCUGCACAGCCAGAGAAGAAGAAAGAUAUGGACGAAGAAGGCGGAAAGGAGACGCUACAGGGGUAUAAGAACUCCGCUGAAUACGUGCUUGAGCGCCAUCUCCGCCGUGAAGAAGCACUCAAACCUGGCGCGAAAAUCGUCCGACACUUUGUCACUGGCAAAGGCGAGAACGAGAAGUCGGAGCCUGUGUAUCUGAGGAAGGACAUCGUGAAUUGCAAGACCCAAGAAUCCUGGCACAAGGAAGGCCGCGAAGUUCUGGAAGGUCAACAGCCUCUCAAGCUUGUGCCUAUGCGUGCUGUCACAGUGACGCGCAAACGCGAGAUCGAAGAGCGCGAACGCAUCGAAGGUGGUAAAGUGAAACAAGGUCUCUAUUCCAAAGCGCAGACGGACUGGAUCAUUCCUGACCCUAUCGUGGAUGGCCAAAUCCCACGCAACUCGUACGGAAACAUCGACAUUUACGUCCCCACAAUGGUACCGAAAGGCGCUGUUCACAUUCCGCUUAGAGGUACAUCGCGUAUAUGCCGUAAACUCAACAUCGACUACGCGGAAGCAUGUACAGGAUUCGAGUUCGGCAAGCAGCGCGCUGUGCCUGUGAUAACUGGUGUUGUGAUUGCGCAGGAGAACGAGGAUAUGCUCAUCGAUGCCUGGGAGGUUGAAGAGGCAGAGAAACAGAGAAAGGAGAGAGAUAAAAGAGAGAAGUUCUUGUUGGGACUAUGGAGGAAGUUCGCAAGUGGGCUAAGGAUCGUGGAUAGGAUGAGAGAGGAAUAUGGGGAGGAUGUCGAGUUGCCAGCUAAAGAGAAGGUAGUACUACCAAAAGAGGAUGAUGGGGAGAAGAAGUCGCAGUGGGAGGUGUUCCAGAAUCAUACCGAUUUCGAAGGUGGCUUUAUGCGCGACGAUGCUGCGGCUUCUGGUGGUGGCUUUGUGCCUGAAACGGCACCCCAAUUAACGCACCAAGAUGCUGACACGGCUGGUGGGUUUCUACCUGCAAGUCAAGAUGAUCCUGAACAUGGCAAUCUUACCAUUGAUCAUGGUGAAAAGAAGGACGUGCCACGCGUACUCGUGGCAGAGGGCGCAUAUCGCACACCAAUCUCGCUUACACAGGCGUUGCAACAGCCGCCCAGCGAAUCUAGCGAACAUCCGGAUGAAGACGCAGACGAGGAGAUGGAUGCAUCACAAGUUCAGGAAGACGAACAGGUCGACGAGGAUGAGGAUGGAGAAGAUGAAGUUCCUAAACCCAAAGCCACUCGACGCAAGUCAGCCGCCACAUCUUCAACUCGUGACCGUGGACGUCCACGUGGCCGCGGAGCCAAGACCCCGACAGUAUCCGCACGAAAAUGUAAAUUCAUGGUCAUAGAUUCAGGGUCUGACGAUGAUGCACUCUCUGAUACUCCAUCGGAUCCACCAACACCGCCGCCUUCAACACGCUCAGCGCCAAGGCGUAAGGCGGCCAGGAAAAGUGACGCACAAGUCAAGAGCCAUUUCUUUGCCGAAGGAAGCGAUGGCGAGACGGAUAUGACGGACAUGACUGAGCGGAAUUCGCCAAGGAAGAAGGCUGCAACACGCGGACGAGGGAGUGGCAAAGGCAGAGGGACUGGACGGGGAAGAGGACGAGCGGGGAAAGCCAAGUAG